GCGGCCAUGGCGGCGGCGCGCUUCGACUCCUCGGACCGCUCGGCCUGGUACGUGGGCCCGUUGUCGCGGCAGGAGGCGCAGGGCCGGCUGCAGGGCCAGCGGCACGGCGUCUUCCUAGUGCGCGACUCGUCCACCUGCCCCGGCGACUACGUGCUGUCCGUGUCGGAGAACUCGCGCGUGUCCCACUACAUCAUCAACUCGCUGCCCAACCGGCGCUUCAAGAUCGGCGACCAGGAGUUCGAGCACCUGCCGGCGCUGCUCGAGUUCUACAAGAUCCACUACCUGGACACGACCACGCUACUCGAGCCCGCGCCCAGGUAUCCAAGCCCGCCCAUGGGCUCUGCCUCAGCACCCAACCUGCCUCCCACAGAAGAAAAUGUGGAAUACGUGCGGACUCUGUAUGAGUUUUCUGGGAAUGACCCCGAAGACCUGGCCUUCAAGAAGGGUGAGAUCCUGGCCAUCGUUGAGAAACCCGAGGAGCAGUGGUGGAGUGCGCGCAACAAGGAUGGGCAGGUGGGGAUGAUUCCUGUGCCUUAUGUAGAAAAGCUGGUGAGAUCUUCCCUCCACGGGAAGCACGGAAACCGCAAUUCCAACAGUUAUGGGAUCCCCGAACCCGCUCACGCCUAUGCCCAGCCUCAGACGGCCAAUCCUCUGCCAGCGGUCUCCAGUCCUCCGGGGGCAGUGAUGAGCCCCCUGCCCUCCACCCAGAAUGGACCUGUCUUUGCAAAAGCAAUUCAGAAGAGAGUCCCGUGCGCCUAUGACAAGACUGCCUUGGCCUUAGAGGUGGGUGACAUUGUAAAAGUGACAAGAAUGAACAUCAAUGGUCAGUGGGAAGGAGAAGUCAAUGGCCGCAAAGGGCUCUUUCCUUUCACACACGUCAAGAUCAUUGACCCUCAAAAUCCAGAUGAAAACGAGUGAUUCCUGUUACCCACCGUAUGCUGCUGCUGCUCCUGCUUCAUGUUCUGGCUCUCAUUAGUAGCAUCCUCUGAAAUGGGAUUCCAUUCUCUCACAGGCAAGCUAGGGAGCCUGGCACAGCUCUCCGGCUUGCUUCCGUUUGGAGGUCUUUUCUACACAUCUGGAAUGCACACAGCUGGCAGCCUUCGGGCAUCGUAUCGUCGCUGGAUUGUCUCAGACUUAGCCAAUUGUAGGACUUUUUUUGGAGUUUAGCUUGAAAGCCCUAGCGGAAGUACACGGGAAAAAAGACAUUGAGGAGGAAAAGGUCUGUUUCCCUCAUUCGGAUGCUCUCUUGGCUUCAUCCCGUCAAAUUCAGUUGAAGAAAGAAAGCAUUUGGCAAUUAUACUUGAACUUGGUGCAUAGCUCGCCCUCCAACUUGGUGUGCCAUCUUCAUCUUGUUGUUGAGAGGAGAAAUCAUAGAACGAGAAGAUGAGAGAAUUCUGUCCUAUCACAGUAAAAGCCGAAUUGGAACGUGGGAAAAGAAUCAUUGGAAUUGUGUAUUCUGAACAGUUAGAAAUUAUGAGUUUUCUCAAUACAGGGGAUUCUGCUUGCCUCUGAGCUUCGAAGGUAAAGUUUCUUUGAUUUAAAGAAAGAACUACAUUGAAGCCAAGGCCCAUCUUUAUGUCAUGUCUUCAUUGUUGUAAAUGGUAGCCUGUUUUUCCAUGUGAUAAACAAACAAACAAAAAAAACCCAUUAUAUUUAAUUCCAACUUUCCAAAUGUUGUAAACGAUAGAAAACAGACUUCAAGGAGACAUACGUCCUUUCACUUCUCCCCAGUGAAACCAUCCAGAUUCUGCACGUGCACACAUACAUACACACACGGAGCCAUUCUUUUAUUUUUCUGGUCUGCUUUCAAUGAAUGCCCAUUUUAAAGGUGAACCAGCAAAAACUUCCCUAGGGAGAUUGUUCUCUGAGCCUAGGAGUUGGAUCCACCUCUGUGGAAAGUGAACAAUCUCUUUGCCCUUCCAGAGGCUGGAGAGAGCAGUCAGGCUCCAGGCUGGGUUGCAUUAUCACCAGCUGGAGAUACCCAGAGUUUGGGCUCCUCUUGGGCAGACUCAAGAGAUCCAGGAAAAGCAGGGUACUAGUUGGCUAGACCUACCAGUAGAGCUUUUGUAAUGCAGGAUAAUCUUGCUCCAUUUUUUAAAAGCCCCUUGAUUACUCAUAGCAAUAGGAAAAGGCAUUCAGACUUGAUCUGUUGCAAAUAUGUGACUUGGGAAAUUUUAACACACUUACAGAAAUUCAAACUUUUAAUACUAUUUUCUGCCAGAUAUUAGUAAAAGGAAAGGCAGAAGUUCAAACAGAAAAUCAGCACUGACUAUAAACAUAGAAAGAGCCCCUUAAUUAGUGCAUUUGGUCUUUUGGUCUGCCCUUCCUACUGACUUAUUUUUUUAGUCUUUAUAUAUUUGCAACUUAGAAUGUGUUGUGUGUUUUUGAGCCAAAGCUCAUAGACUCUUGGAUUGUUACAACUGGAAGAGAUGCAGCAUAGAAUUCCUCACCACAAAACAAGCUAAGUUUUAUAGCCGAGGAGACUGAGGUCCAGAAGGGAGGGUUGAAGCCCAGAAGCCAGCUCUGCUUCCCCCUGUGCCGCACAUAGGACAGAAGAGGUGGCUGCCCAACAGCCGAGUCCAGCACGGUCGCGCUCAUGAGCAUCGCGAAAUUCACGAAGAAACUUGUUUUUUUUUUUUAAAUUUUUAUUUAAUAAUUACUUUAUAUUGACACUCGUUUCUGUUCCAAUUUUUUUUCCCUCCCUCCCUCCACCCUCUCCCCUAGAUGGCAAGCAGUCCUUUAUAUGUUGGAUAUGUUGCAGUAUAUCCUAGAUACAAUAUAUGUUUGCAGAACCGAACAGUUCUCUUGUUGCAUAGGGAGAAUUGGAUUCAGAAGGUAUAAAUAACCCGGGAAGAAAAAACAAAAAUGCAGAUAGUUCACAUUUCAUGAAGAAACUUGAACGAUAAAAUUGAGAAAUUUGAGCCGAUCGGAGUUGGCCUGGAUUUCCCCAGCCGGUGACUAGUCCCCAUAGGCUGUGUGUGCAAUGACCUACUUCAAAAAUGCCUUCUCUUCAGCCAACAUUUCCACAACUACUUGAAGCUAUUUAUCAAUCUGUCCUACUGAAAAUGUGCCCGUUCUGGUUCCCCUCCUUCUGCCAAAAGCCAAGGUCCAGCACGGUGUUCGCCUCCAACGGCCCCAGGAUCAGCCUUGAAUCCACUCAACCCUUUUGUGCAUUCACUGUCGGACUUGCCCCCCGUCACACCUUCCAAAGAGAGCUCUCCUUCCCGGCCCUGGCGAUCUGUGAAGGGGGCAAGCCCGCCUGGUUUCUGAAAGACAAAGUGCUCCCUGGGCCACAUCUGACUCCGUUUCGGUCCUCCCGAGGAGUCAGGGCUUGCUUGCAUGCUGGGUGUAGAUGAAUUUUCCUUUGACUUGCUCUUCCCAGUCAUCUUCUUGUCCUGUGUGGGUUCAUGUAGGUCACCAAGCAAUAGAUCAGAAAAUGUUGGAGGUCAAGGGGGUAACCCCCGUAUUUAUCUUUUACACUAAAAUGCACAGGUUCCCCAAGGGGGUACAUGUUUCUAGUGCUGCCGAGCAUGUUCUGGAACCUGGGAGCAUAAUUCAGGAUCCAUGAAGAGGCUGAGCAGAGUCCUAGAGACUAGGACUCUUAGAACUGUAAUGGUCUGGGGAGAGCUCUGCUCUGUUCUGGAAGAAGCUGGAUUUGGAGCCAAGCCCUAGGGGUUGAGUCUCGCCUCAGCUGCUCUCCGACUUGGUCACUGGAGGCAAGUCCCCUCUCCUCUCUGGGACUGGAUGCCUUUUAGUGUCCCUUCCAACUCUUAAAUUGCUCCGAACCUAUGAGCCCAAGUCACCGCCACAUUCUACAGAAAAAGGGGUGUGAGAGAAGUUCAGAAGGGACAAGCUCCGCGAGAGCUUCCCCUGGCCCGGCCCCAUUCUGAGUGCUCCCCUCAGCUCGCAGACAGAGUUUCCCAACGGCCCUGUCUGCUGUGAGUCUGUUCUCUGCCCUGGGAGGAUUGCAUGCGCUCCGUGGGCAAGCGUUUCCCUCUGAGCCGCUGCUUGUGCUGCUUGCUACCCUCCCUGCUUUGUCUGUCGCCCCGAUCUCUGGGGGUUCCGUGAGCCAUCACUGUGGUUCCGUCGGGACUUGGUGGUCCCGAGGCUUUGGAUUCAAUGCACUGUUUAAAGGGCUCACAUGCCACCCCUUGUUCUUCUGUCAUUCGUGGACUGAGAAGGAGCUCCUGGGCCUUUGAGCUUCAGCCAGGUCCCCGGUCCAAGUUGACGAGGUAGGUGAUGUCGCCCGACUUGGGUCAUUAGCCCCAUGUGCCUGUCUUCGUGCUUCUGGCUUGGUCUCAAAGGGAGACUCCCCAUGCCCCUGGCUCCCUGGGCCUGUGCUCAGCCACUCACACUGCUUGGGAGGAGCCCGGGGACAGUGUGGAUCCCGGGGCCUCUGACCCGAAGCUGCUCAGCUGCGUCUGGGGAAGGAGACGGCUGUGGAGUUUGGUUUUCACACAGCCUUGCCAACUAAUGCCGAAGAGCACGGGGCCCGGGACGAGGGCGUUCCGUGGUGCCGGCCUCAGGCGCCCAACUUUUUCCUCAGCAGACGAGGUCCCUCUGCACGAGGGACGGCUGCUUGGCUUCCGAGACGGGCGUCACUGUGCUUUCCAGCCCCCAAUGGGACAGAUGAUGACUCUUUCAACCUGUAACUUAAAAAUCAUGAACUUCAGGCAAUAAUAUUUUCUGUGUAAGCUUUUAAAAUUAUUUUUGGGGGAUCAUAGCUUGUUUUAUUUUGUGCUAUAAAAUUAACAGUAUUAAAUGACUUCUAUUCUUAGAAUACAUCGAGUGUCUUUUCUUAACAGAUUAGUGCCUUUUUAUUUUCCUACUCCAUUGAUUCCAUAGUACUGGGCCCAGCAUCAAAGCCAGUGUUUUCAGUGGCCUGUUUGUACACUGUCUGAAUAAAUCUUGCAUCAACUCGA